CAACCUGAACCUGAUCCCCUCCCCCUUCUUCCCCUCAUCCUUUGAUUUGGGUGGUUGCCAUUCAUCUCCAUCUCUCGAUCCAUUUCUCCCCCCAAAUUCUUCUCCAAUCAGCUCGAUUCCGUCCUCUUCGAGCAGAUCAGCUCCCGCUGAUCGAAUCGGUGUCGAAUUUUGGUUGUGGUUGCUGUUCUUGGGUUGGAUCUUGGUGGUGAGAAAGAUCGUGAUUUUUGUUGUUGGGAUUUGGGAGGAAUUGUUUGCGCUGGAGGGAGGAGUUGAGCUCGCUGGCCAUGGUUUGCCGAGGCGAGCAGAGAAGAAAUCUCUGAGCUUUAUGAAGAUCGCCACUCACCUGCGCCGCUCCUGCUUCCUCCACUCCUUCUCGGUUGUCUUCCUCUACUGGUUUUAUGUGAUCUCAUAAUUCUGGGGGAAUCAUCUUCUCCGCGUCAAUCCGCCAUUGUUACUAGUAGUAGUAGAGCUCUCUUGUUGUUGUUCUUCUUCUUCGUGUUCUUCUUCGGUUGAUUAAAUAAUCGUAGCAGCAGAAGAAGCAGCUGUUUGUAGACAAGGUGUUUGUGGAAAUGUCGUCGUCGUCGCUGUCGCCGGCGGGGUCGUCGGACGGGGACUCGGCGGGGGUGGUGGUGGCGGCGGACCACCGGAGGGAGAAGCGGCGGCUGUCGAACAGGGAGUCGGCGAGGCGGUCGCGGCUGCGGAAGCAGCAGCACCUGGACGAGCUGGUGCAGGAGGUGGCGAGGCUGCAGGCGGACAACGCGCGCGUGCUGGCGCGCGCCAGCGAAAUCGCCGGGCAGUACGCGCGCGUGGAGCAGGAGAACACGGUGCUCCGGGCGCGCGCCGCCGAGCUCGGCGACAGGCUGCGCAGCGUCAACGAGGUGCUCCGCGUCGUCGAGGAGUUCAGCGGCGUCGCCAUGGACAUCCAGGAGGAGUGCCCCCCCGACGACCCGCUGCUCCGGCCAUGGCAGAUCCCCUGCCCCGCCGCCGCGCACAUGCUCCAGUACUGAACGAACGCCGCGCCAUGGGAGAGUGAGCUCUGAGCUAAGCUGUGGUUGGCAUCAAGAAGUCUUCAUCUUUUUUCUUCUCUUGGCUGCUUUGAGAAUUUCAAGGCUUUAAUCUGCUGCUGCUCUAUGGUCUUCUUCUACUACUCUUCUGAUGAUGAUUUUGUGUCUGAAUAAGUGAUGGUCUUUUGUCUGUGUCCAUGUGGUGUUUUGUAAGGGUUAAUUAUGUUGUUUGUGUUAUGUAAUGUUAUAAACUAUGUCAUUAUAUCAAUUCCUCUUGUGAUCAUCAAUGUAAAAUUGCGUUGGAAAUUCA